AUGAAGGACAUUCACUAUGUCCUUCUUCCACAACUUGCCGACUAUCUGAUUAGAUACAACGCCACUUCAGCCAGCGAUGCUGCUACGGAAUCCUUGCCGCGCCGUGCUCUGCUACAGAAUGGAACCGCAUAUCGCGAGUUGCUCUACGCAAACGUCCAGUACGUGCUCAACAGCUCUGCUGCCUUCGUUCAGGACCCCAGCGACCACAAGAACCUAGCUAGAAUCAAGGCUGAUAACCCGGUUGGCAAUUGGCGCGACUCAAACAUUAGUCUUGGCUGGGGCGUGUACCCCGUUGAUGUGUCAACUGCGCUUGUUCCAGCAGCCCUCUACGCCAUCUCAGAUACGGCCAAGGCCAGGCUGAUGCAAAACUUCACCUCGAAAUCGACCAACAUCACCGAAUCCGAUCUGGCCGAAACCGCAGAGAGGUAUGCUACAGUGUGGGAGCAGGAAGCUCCCAAGUUCUUCCAGUACAAUGUGACUUCCGAUCAGGCGCAAGAGAGGCUGCAGGGUUAUGUCCAGCGGGCCAACCUCUCCGACUCGUUGCUCAGCAACAGCGCCUGUGCUGGUGGAAUGCAGCGUUGUUGGGGAGGUGUCACUUUCGGUCGCGAAGCCGAGUUCUCCCUCCUCACCCCUCGACAGGAAGCCAACGACACCGGCAGCGGAAGUAGCAAAAGCAAUAGCAGCACAGUCGCAGCUAACCAGACCACCACCCUCUACGGCCUCUCCCUAUUGAAAGACGUCACAGUCGUCCCAGUGACGAACUCGGAUCUCUCCUUCAACCUCCUCUACUCCCGUCGACCUUCUCGAUUCCUCAUCCAAUCCGUCAUCACUGCUCUUCAACCCUAA